AUGCCUCCAGCACAAAAGACCGUUGUUAAGAAGGAAAUCGCCGAACCAAAGAUCGUCGAAAAGAAGAGAGAACAAGCCAAGAAGAACGUCGCCAAGAUUACCAAGAGAGGUAAGGGCGUUAGAGCUCACAAGGUUUGGACUUCAGUCACCUUCAAGAGACCACACACUCUUAGAUUGGCCAAGAAGCCAAAGUAUGUUAGAAAGUCUAUCCCAGCUACUAACGACAUGGAUACCUAUCAAAUUCUCCAAUAUCCACCAACUCUCCAAAAUCCAAAGGUUACCAAGGCUAUUGAAGAUAACAACACUGUUGCUUUUGUUGUUGAUUUGAAAUCUAACAAGAAGUCCAUCAAGAAGGCUUUCGAAGAAUUGAGCAAGGUUAAGGUCCAAAGCAUUAGAACCCAAAUCACCGCCAAGGGUAAGAAGUUGGCUUGGAUUAAGCUUCCAUCGAACGUUGAAGCCAUCGAUGUCACAUCUCAAUUGGGUAUGCUCUAAAUCUUCCAUAAAAACAAAAAUUAAUUUCAAAAAAAGUUUUUAAUUUUAUUUAAUAGUAUUCCUGAAAUUGUUUGAAGCUAAUAUAAACUAUCUAAUGUAGAUUUAGCAA